AAUUCGAGGGUAAAAUCUUGCACUGAAGAGAAAGCAGGCAGAAAAAAGAAAGAAACUGCCAGCAAGGCAAAUGUGCACAAAGGGCAAAAGUUCAACACUGAAGUGAAGAAUACGAAGAGGAGAAAGAAAAACAGUUACACAGGAGAGCAGCCCACAAACUCUCUGAGAUGUAUGCACACACACACACACACACUGGCUCUCGCACACUCAAUCGCGACCCUGGCAGAGCUGGGCGCUCUGAGGAGUGAGCGGACGUGCCCAGCGUGGAGAAAUCAUGCUAAUUGUCUACGAGGGAGAUGCAGCGCUAGACCCAAGAUGAAGGCAGAAAGGGAGGCUCUCGCACCGGCUUUGCCAGUUGCCAUCAUCCUUCAACUCUUUGGGCUUCUCUUCUACUCUCAGACAGGUGAGGUACAAGGAGUAAACAUCACAAGCCCUGCAGCUCAAAUCCGAGGCACCUUUGGUGGGUCAGCCCUGCUCUCCGUAAGCUACACCAGCACCAGCAAAGACCGUCCGGUCAUAAAAUGGCAACUCAAGCGGGAUAAGCCAGUCACAGUGGUCCAGUCACUGGGCACAGACAUCAUAGGCAACCUUCGGCCAGAAUACAAGGACCGUGUGCACAUCUUUGACAACGGCACUCUGCUCCUGAACAACCUGCAGCUGGAUGAUGAGGGCACAUAUGAGGUGCAGAUCUCCAUUACUGAUGACACAUUCACCGGUGAGCGCUAUAUCAACCUCACAGUGGAUGUGCCGGUCUCCAAGCCCUCGGUGGUGAUGGUCUCCUCAACAGUUCUGGAGCUCACUGAGUACUUCUCGCUUAACUGCUCACAUGCCAGUGGGACCAAGGCCCAGUACACGUGGACAAAAGGAGGAAAGGCCCUGGGCAACGACACACGUCUGCAGCUCUCACAAGACCAGAGGGUCCUCACAAUAGUGCGGGUGCUCAUGUCGGACGAUGACAUCUACAGCUGCACCGUUGAGAACCCAGUGAGCACCAUGAAGAGCACUCCAGUCAAACUGACCGUGUACCGGCGCAGCUCGCUGUAUAUCAUCCUCUCCACUGGCGGUAUAUUUCUCCUCAUCACCCUGGUGACCGUAUGUGCUUGCUGGAAGCCAUCCAAAAAAGACAAACGGGAGAUUGAGAAGCAAAUAUCAUCAGACUAUGGAGAGCACAACGAAGCAAAGCAUGAAGUGGACGUCACCCCUAAAAUGACAGAACAUGAGCGGAAGAACCCAGUGGCUCUCUACGUACUGAAGGAGACGGAGAGCCUGGGCACCGAAGAUGAUUCUCCCACUGAGUCCCAGAAUGCUGCUGAAGUGUUGACCCGUGCCAACUAUUCUAGUUCACCCCCAGUGGCAGUGCGCGCAUCCCGACGAUAUCACCUCUCUCCUGCUCGCUCUCCACCCACAGGACAUGUUCACAAAUCUCCAAGCCGCUCCCCCAGCUCACCUGCCAGGUCACGCAGUGCAACACGCCUGAGAGCUGCUGGAGGGGUCCACGUCAUUAGGGAACAGGAAGAAGCUGGAUUGCCCAACGAGACCACCACCACCACCACCUAGAAGAAUGCAAAAUUCCCAUCAGCCACCGAUCUGAAAGAUGCUGUUAGCAAGCUGUUUUCUGUCAAGGAACCAUUCCAAGCUGGUGUUUGCUCCUCUGUAUGUGUGCAUUCCCCUUGGAAAAACAAUCAGUGGCAAGCCAGCCCACAUGCCCAUGCUGCUGGUACUUCUGCUGAACAUACUGCUGGCACCUGUCAGCUUUACCCCAAGUCAUUUACUUCUGAUGUCCCCCAUUGGUCUUUUUCAUUGAAAUGGUUUACAGAAGAUUGUGACAUUUCCAUUUCGCUGUACCUGUCUUUUCCUUCCAUUAUGUUGUAUAGUUGCAUUAACUUGUGUGGCAGCUCUUCACCAUGUUUCUAAAAUGAGUGGAAGCAGCCCAGCCACUCUUUCUUUUGUGUUUGUGUAGUGAGAUUUGCCAUAAAUGGCAUAAUGUGAAGGAAGUGAGGAAGGAAAGCAACCAGGGUCACACUAGACCUGUCAUGGGUCUGUGGUGCAGGUCAGGAUUUAGGUUGGCACAUGUCAUAUCAGUACUGCCUGUCUGCUGUGUGGAGCACUGAAAUGGAACUGACCAGGCACAUUAAUGAUUUGCUGGAACUUUCUGCAACCUGCAAAACUCUAAAAAUGUCAGGACUGACAGUUGUUACAGCCUGGUUUUAAAAUGGCCCAUUCUUUUAAUGUAACCCACUUCAGUGAAAUGAGUGGGUGGGGUUAGAUACAGACAUAACAUAAUUUAGAGGGUCUUUUAUCAAGGAAGUGAGCUACAUAAGAAUACAUUAAUUACACUGAAUAUGGUGUCAGAAAGAGUGUAGCCAUUUUUUCAGUGUGCAGCCUCUGUUUUACACAAAUCCCUUUAUUGAACGUGCUUCCCCCCAUUUCAAUAUCAGGAGUCUGUGGUAGGAUGGUUGGCACCACUGGCCUUAUGCUACCCAGUUUGCAACAGCUCCUGUAUUUUGUCUGCUAAAUGUCUUACAUGUCGAGUCUCUUUUGUUGACUACUAAAUUCUGUGCUAGCUGACCACUGCUGACCAAGGCAGGAGCCAUGGACAGGUGGGCAUCACACUAAACAGCUAGAAUCAGGGAAUUGAUUUCUCCAGUUGUGCCUUCUGGCGGCGGCAGAUUCCUGACUAAGCUGUCAUUUUGGCUCUUCCGGAAUACUGUGCAUAAGCCCUUCUGGAAUAUUGUUCUCUCUUUAUUUUGGAAUCUUCCUUGAAAACAGCAAUCACGAAAAAGGGUGCUCAUGAUGAAGCACUCCCAAGGUGUGCCUUUGUCAUGAUAUUCUACAUAUGUUUGCUUUGUAAAGGGCCUCCUUUUGGAAAGGUGCUAUACAUUAUAGGUUUAUUGACUUCCAAACAGGGUGGCAUAGUGAUCAAGUGGUUAGCUGUGCCACUGCCUGUCUCCGGAAAUAUGAGUUUAAGUCGUGGUCUGUUCAUUGUCUGAUCAUGAGCUUCCCAGAAAUCUCCAGUUUUCCAUCCACAUCCCAAAGAUAUAACAACAACAACAUUUAUUUAUAUAGCACAUUUUCAUACAAACAGUAGCUCAAAGU